AUGCUUGAAAAUUUCCCUGAUGUAGGUCUUGGUCAAGCAGGUUCUUUCCGCAAACGUAAGGGAGAAGUGCAUGAACAGAUUGGGUACAAAUUUAUUCAACAAAUAUUCUAUCAGAUUAUGAAAUGUUCAUAUUGUAAAGAAUUAUUCGUGAAAGAAGAAUUUCAAUGUGAUG